AUGGGAGGUUGCAUAUCAACAUUCCCCCCUAAUGGAUCAAGACACCUUAGGAGAAAAGGCGGUGUCAAGAAUGGCUCGAAGAGAUCCCGGGGCUUACCGGAGGAUGUGCCCAGGAGGAAAUCAAGGUCAUCAGCCGCCAACUCGAGGCUGAUCACCGUGUUAGGAGACUCAUGCAUAGGGAACAACAUAAAACAAAAGUACGCGUUUGGGAAGGAGUUAGGAAGGGGGGAGUUUGGGGUGACCUACCUAUGUACGGAGCUUGAUACCGGGGAGAACUACGCUUGCAAAACGAUAUCGAAGAGCAAGCUUAGGACGGAGGUUGACAUCGAGGAUGUUCGAAGAGAGGUUGAGAUAAUGAGACAUUUUCCUAAGCACCCUAAUAUUGUUGUCUUUAAAGAGGCUUAUGAAGAUAAAGAGGCUGUUUAUUUGGUCAUGGAAUUAUGUGAAGGUGGUGAGCUUUUUGAUAGGAUUGUUUCUAGGGGACAUUAUUGUGAGAGGGCUGCUUCUCAAGUUGUUAGGACUAUUUUGCAAGUCCUUAAGGUUUGCCAUGCACAUGGAGUCAUACACCGGGAUCUUAAGCCUGAAAACUUCUUGUUUGCGAACAAAAAUGAAAACGCUGCCCUUAAAGCAAUUGAUUUUGGGCUCUCUAUUUUUUUCGAGCCAGGUCAGCGAUUUAAUGAGAUUGUGGGAAGUCCAUAUUACAUGGCACCUGAAGUUCUAAGAAGGAACUAUGGGCCCGAAAUCGAUGUAUGGAGUGCAGGCGUUAUCCUUUACAUAUUACUUUGUGGAGUUCCUCCCUUUUGGGCAGAGACUGAAGAAGGAAUUGCACAAGCAAUUGUAAAAGGAGUGAUUGAUUUUGAUAGAGAUCCAUGGCCAAGAGUAUCUCCACUAGCAAAGGAUCUUGUAAAGCAUAUGCUUGAUCAAAAUCCUUAUAGUCGAAUGACUAUCGAUGAAGUCCUAGAUCACCCUUGGAUGAAAAAUGCCAACAACAAUGCCGAUGUUCCAUUAGGCCAUAAUGUGAGAACAAGGAUCAAGCAAUUCUCCUUAAUGAACAAAUUCAAGAAAAAAGUUUUGAGAGUGGUAGCGGAUACUUUACCUGAUGAACAAGUAGAAAAGCUAAGAAGAACGUUUAAUAUGAUGGACACUGAUAAGAACGGGAGCUUGAGCUUCGAAGAGCUCAAACAAGGCCUACUUAAGCUUGGACAUGUUCUUCCUGAUUCCGAUGUUCAAAUGAUCCUAGAUGCUGCGGAUUUGGAUGGGAAUGGAACCUUAGAUUGUGGAGAAUUCUUAACACUAUCAAUCCACCUCCAAAAGAUGGGUGAUGACGAACAUCUUCAACGCGCUUUCAAGUACUUUGACAAGGAUCAUAGCGGCUACAUUGAGUUUGAAGAGUUAAAAGAAGAGUUGCUUUCAGAUGAUGCUAAUGAAGGUACCAAAAACGAGCAAGUCAUACGAGACAUUCUGUUCGAUGCAGACUUGAAUAAGGAUGGUCGAAUAGACUACAACGAGUUUAAAGCUAUGAUGCACAGUGGAAUGGAUUGGAAGAUGUGUUCUCGUCAAUACUCAAAGGCCAUGUUUAACAAAUUGAGCACCAAGUUGUUCAAUCAUUCUGGGCUAUUAAAAUGACUUACAGAUCUUGUAGUUUGUUAAUUUUUGAUGAUCCCACAUUGUAUUUUUGGCCUGCUCUUCCACCAUACAGGUACAUAUCAAAGAGGAAUAGAUUUAUGUAGUAAGAAAUUGGAGAUAAUU